CUUGGCGUUGGCGCCCAUUUGCAACCGGCUUUUCUACUUUAAUUUUAAUUUAUCUCACUUAACUCAGUUCCGUUUUUCAUAUUAGACGUGCUACGAUGUCUUCUAAUGAUACCAACGGUGAGGAUACAGAAAUGGCGGAAUGCGAGGGCGAAAAAGUAGUAACAAUGAUCGACGUACUUCAAGAACAAGAGGAAUUCGAAGAAGACGCAAAUGCCGUUCUUGGAGCUUCAGACGACAAAAACUGUACAUACAGUAAGGGAUAUAUAAAACGCCAAGCUGUCUAUGCAUGCCUGACUUGCUGCAAUGAUGCCAAAAAUGACCCAGACAAGCGUGCUGGUGUGUGUCUUGCCUGCAGUUUGACAUGCCAUGAGAACCAUGACCUUGUAGAGCUCUAUACCAAACGCAACUUCCGCUGUGACUGUGGGAAUCCCAAAUUUAACCACCCCUGCCAAUAUACUGAAAACAAGACAUCUCUCAAUGAUGAAAAUAUUUACAACCAGAAUUUUAGUGGUCUCUAUUGCACCUGCCACCGGCCCUAUCCAGAUCCAGAUGGAGUUGAAGAAGAGAUGAUUCAGUGCAUAGUAUGUGAAGACUGGCUUCAUUCUUCACACUUAGAAGCUACUGUACCUUCCCCUGAGCUAUAUGCUGAAAUGAUUUGCAAAGCUUGCAUGGAUAAUAAUGAAUUUCUCCAUGAUUAUAGUAAAUACGCUGUUAAUGGUGAUGUUGAUGUAGUGAGUAUCACUGAGUCCGAUGAAGCCAAACGCUGCAAUGGAGAUACAAAUGAAGUGAAUGGAGUUAAUGUUAAAACAGAUAAAGUUGAAAGUGCUAAUGAUUCUGGCAUAUUGACAAAAGUUGAUAAUCCCACUGAAGUUAAAGAUACUAGUCGUGAUACUAUUGACGAAAAUAACUCAAAAGAUCAAAUGGAUCCAAAUCUGCCAGUCACUGAAAAAUCUGAUGAUGAAAGUCCAACUACUGAUAAAACUGAUCAAGUUCAAGCUGAGCCUGUUAAAACAUCUGUUGAAAAUCCUACGGAGAAUGACCCAGCUGAUGAUGCUGCAAACCCCAUUGAAGAAAGCCAAACUAAAGACAAUCAAGACGAGAAGCCAUCUUCUGAUGAAAUUUCUGGUAAUAAGUUAGGGGACAAUGCAAACUGUGCUGUUAGUUCUGAAGACCAAGAAAACACAGAUACAACUAAUAAUAAAGGUGAUGGUACUACUGAUGUCACUGAACAACAACAAGACCCUGCUAAUACUUCUCAGGGGUCUAAUGCAGGUGAUGUCAAUGGCGAUCAAGCAACAGAAGUUAAAACUGAAGAAAAGCAAGAACUUGCUGACUCCAGUCAGGUGAGUGCUGAUAAUACAAAUGCUGAAACUUUACAAGUAACCAAUAACCUUUUAGGAGAUGAAGAAACAAAGGAAAAUAAGCGAAAAUUAUCUACAGAGGAAUCUUCACUUGAUGUUUCUGCCAAGAAACCAAAAUUAAGAGAAAGUGAUUGCAUUAGACCAGAAGGUGAAAGGAAAAUAUUCAAAGGUGCUACAUUUUGGCCAAGCCUUUUCCGACAAAAAUUGUGCACUUGUAAUGAAUGCAUUACCAUGUACAAGGACUUGUCUGUUUUGUUCCUAAUAGACCCUGAAGAUACAGUUACAGCUUAUGAAUUAUUAGGCAAGGAAAAAACUGAUGGUGCUGCAUCUACUCAAUAUGAGAAAGGCCUCGAAGCAUUAUCAUCUCUAGGAAGAAUUCAACAGAUUAAUGCUUUGACAGAGUAUAACAAGAUGAGAGAUAAGUUACUUGAUUUUCUCAAAAGCUUUAAAGAUAGAAAGGAAGUUGUCAAGGAAGAAGAUAUAAAGGCCUUCUUUGCAGGUAUGAAACCAAAAAGAGAGCCAGAUGGUGUGUAUUUCUGCAGAUAAUUUUUUAUUCAAAUGGUGACCAUUUUA